AGAACGCGCGGUGGCGAUAGUCACAUGCUGGCCGCGGUCGGGUGUUGUGCUCUCGCCGUUGUACCCGCGCGUUCCACCGCCGCUUCGCAUCAACGUAGCGACCGCGCGCGUGUAUGGCCCUGGGACCAUCGAUGAGCGGUGAGGAGCCGGAUUCGCGGGGGAUCAUGACGGACAAUCGGUGGUUCCCGAGGGACGAGACGUAGGAGGAUAUGUCCGGCUGCUUGUCGUCAUCCAUGACAGGCUCGACAGACGCGGGGCCGCUGCAGCCCCAGGAAGACCCGGCGCCGCUUCCCGUCGCUCGACCGCCGUCGAGCUACGAUCGCAGGCCGAUAUCCCUGUCGGAGGACAACGGCUCGUCCACACGGCGGGGCGGUGGUGGUCGUCAUCGGCACCAGCCGCGACGUAGGAUGACGUCCGCCCCGCCGUCCGGACAAGCGAUACAGCUGACACCCCUCUGGGAGCACGUGGUGCGUACGCGUAGGUUCCCGUCCGAGGUCGACACGCAGGCUACCUUCGUCGAGAUCUCCGAGAGACUUCGGGACCCGGAAUGGGAAGUGCGCCAACACGCCCUGCGGGUGCUGAUGGACGUACUGCCGACGCUGAAUUUCGAUGUCGUUGACAAGGUCAUGCAACCGGUGGUGCCGGAGCUGAUCAAUAAUUUGGGACAUCCAGCGCCGGCGGUUCGUAAGGGCGCCCUGGAUACGCUGCGGGUCUACUUGGUUCACAGCCCCAACAGGGAGAACAUGGUCAAAAACAUCCUUCACGACGGCUUGAAUCGCCCGGACGCUCACAAUCAAUUCCAGACAAAUGUGACGACGGGCGUGAUUCUGAGCGCACCUCUGCUGCUCUUUCCGUCCACCAAUAGUCCUCCCCCGACGACGCAGAUCAUCAAGGACGCCACGAUCGCCUUUGCCUCGCGAUUGGUUCAAGUGCCACAUCAAGAGGCCGUUUUAAAGUCCCUCAUGAAGAUCCGCGACGUAGUCGGCGAGGAAGAAUUCGAGAGCUACCUGGCGGACUACGACGACAAGUUGAAGAAGAACAUCGAUGUCCUCUCCAAAAUCUAUAACAUCAAGCCGAGCAAGAAGAAGCAAGAGAAGAAUCACACGCAGGAUAUCAUAAAAGCCGACCCGAAGGAGCGCACCUUCGACAAGUCCUGGGACAGUGACAGCGACACUUCCGGCAUAGCCGAGGAGGAGGACGAGAUGCCGAACGCCGGAGGAGGCGCGAUACCGGCGAGGGUCCUUCUGGAGACCGAGAUCAAGUUCAACGAGGAGACGGCCAUCACGAUGACGAUCCUGGAGGAAAAGGACGACGACGACAGCGAAGACAACGGAAGACGGAAAAACAAGACCGGGAACGAUGACGUAGUUGAUGAUCUAUCGUCCGCGGACAGACGCAAGACACCCAGACGCGUUCAUUUCGGUGGCGAGAUUGUGAAGCUGAGGACACCGGACAGCGACGAGACGGAGUCGGGCGAGAUAACACCCAAAACGAGAAUCCCGCUUCCGGUGUCGCCAGCCACCAAGAUGCCGGAAACGAGGAGACGACCGUCGUCGCAACCCAGCAGUCCUCACGCGGAGAAGCGAGGAUCGAAGAGAGCUUCCAGGUCGGCGUCCAGCAGUCCCAGGAGAGAGUACACGCACAACGCGCAGCUGAGCCCGAAGAAGAGCAUCCUAACGAGAACGAGUGCCCCUCUCAUCCUCAUCAACUCGGCGACGGAAGAAACGAAGAACGCGAAGAAAGUUAAAAAGAGCGGCGAGGCAAUUUCAGAAAUCCAAGUUUCUCGCGUAACCAACAGUUCGCAAGAAGUUAAAGAGACAUCGAAGAAGGAAGAAGUGUUAGUUCAAGCCGCUCCGCCGUUAGCUAGCAGUGAAGACAGACUGGAAAACAGUCAGGACGAGAACGACGCGUCUAAGUCAGCUCAGGUUGCAACCACCGAAGCUUCGAAGAACACGCUUUCGAAGGAAGAGCAAGCGAUGAUCUUGGAGAGAGACGAUCACGCAAACGCGAAUGAGUCCAACGGAAGCAACGUUUCUGAAGGCAAUAUCUCUUCGAGGCAAGAGAGGAAUUAUACAGCGACCAAGUUAUCGAGUCCAGAACGGAAGAAGAUAUCCCAAGAGAAUAAGGACGAGGGGGAACCGUCAACGAACAUCUUCUCUUACAAUUCCAACAGUUUCCCGUUCGGGUCGCCAAUUAACGACCAGUGCAAUACGCGAACAGAUAGUAUGAUCGACUUCUUCGACGACGACGACGACGACGAUAACGACGAACGGGACGUGCGUACCUUUGGCAUGAUUACGGACAAUCAUGCGGUGAAAUACGGCGACGGCAAGGACUUUGCUAGGAACAGCGACGGCGAGGGGCGAAAAGAGUGGCGCAGUCAGCACGACAAAAAAGAGGGGAACACAUCGGAGGGGAACGAGAGUGUCACUUGUAGCAGCAGCGAGGGCGAGGGUAAACCGCAGGAACCCAGCUGGGAGGAAUUGGGGUUGGUUGGCCAGGAGGUGUUGGACGACCUGCACAACAAGGACGACUGGCGAGCGCGUGUCAGAGGCCUGGAGAGAGUCGCGUCGGCUCUGCGGACGUCCUCGGCGCUGAUCGCGAUAGAGUCGCGAUUAGGAUCGCUCUUGCAUGCGGUGCUCGGCGGCGAAAGGAGCUGCCGGGUGGCCGCCGCCGGCCUAGCGGUGGCGAAGGUGGUAGUUGCCGGUGUCUCGGACAACGCGCUGAAGAAGAAGUUGCCGCAGUUGGCCUGGGGUCUAUCUAGACAGGGUGGUUCAUCCGCGGCGCAGCUCGCGCGAGUCGCGAUGCUACGACUCAAGCCUAGUCUGCUCUUGGAACAAUUCCUGCAGCCUCACUGUCUGAGCGCCAGAAACGCCAAGACGAGAGAGAACUCGUUGCAACUGCUGAUCUACUCGCUGGUGACGUUCCCGAGCACCGAGUUCAAGCUGGAGACGAUCGCCAGCCGAGUGGCGACGACGGUCGCGGAUCGACGACGCCGAGUACGUCAGGCCGCGCUCGACACCCUGGCUGUUUUGGGGCAGAUCUACGAUCCCGAGGAGGUUCUCGAGGCGGGAAGGCGAGCGGCCGACGGAAGCCCCGACAGCGAGGCGAUAGUGGCCGCCAUCAGAGCACGGCUGGCGAGAAAGUCCCUACCCAUGGUGUCGGCCGAUGGUCUCGUGGUGUACGGCUUGCAAGUUUCACCGACUGCACAGAUCACCACUGGCCCCGACGUUGACUGGAUCGUGGCGGGAAGCGGUUCAGUCUCGCCUGGCACCGGUCGCAGCAGAGGCCAGAUUAUCGCCACGUCCAGAUCGGCGCAGGGAAGAUCGUCCAGAAACAACGUUUUAAAUAACCACGAGAACAUGUGGAUAGAGAGACCCAAUCUUGUCGCGAUGGGUGUCGGGCUGCCAUCCAAGACUGAGCAUUCGAUGGCCUGGCAGAUACUGCAAUCGCGGAUCAACAACAACCAUGAGCGCGAGAUAAAGGGACCGAAUGGGCGAAACGUAAAUACGGGAGUGUCUUCAAAUGCCAAUUUGAGGCUCGAGGAGCAACUGCAAUCGUUUUACACGCCGAAUCAAUACGAUUUCGUCAGGACGGAUGCCAAGAGUCGCAGAGAGAUUUCUGAUAAUUACGAGCAAAAAGCGCGAAAUCGCAGAGACGUUAAUGAAGCUGCUAAAGAAAAGGAAAGCACCGUUCUCAGAGGAGAAUCCAAGAUCCCGGUGUUAUCAACGCGCGAGCGUCCCAAAAUAACAUCGCAAAAUCGUGACAAGUCCCUCAACUUGGAACAUGUCAAUUCCAAUUCGAGAAAGCAAACGACAGAUGCGCUAGACAGCAAUAGAAAUCGGAUAAAUUCGCGACAGGAGGAUGUCAGGUCAUACGCGGCUAUACACCAACGGCGAAAACGUUUUCAACAAGAGGAGAGUCAGACUUUGAAUCAGACAUUCGAUUCGCAUUCUAACGGUUACCAAUCAGCCUCUUACGCGAAAGCUUUGGGAGCAACGAGUAGAGAAUACGGCGGUACUGCGGGGAACAGAGAGGCAAUCUUCUCGGACGACAAUUCGCACGGUUACGGCAGAUUCGUGGAUACCGAUAAAUUUGCGGACGAGAACGAAAGCUCGAGUUGCGUAGGGGGACGUCAACGUUCGUUGCCCAGAAACAUGCAGCAACAGACGCUCGUCGAGACGUACAACUCGGUCCUCGAGCGGCAGAGGAAGCUCACGGACAGAAAUGCGUAUCGGCCGUUACAAACCGCCCCGAGUCGCGUGUAUCACGACUCUCAGAAUCUAGAUCCGCAGGUUUCUGCGGAUAACGACAGAAACGCGAUGUACCGACCCAAGGAUCGUAGGGCGAAGGAGGCGACGGCGCAGCAGAGAACCGAGAUGGAUCUGAUCUCGUCGGAUCCGCAGCGGAAUGGGCAUCCCUUUUCGGAAAGCUUCGCCAAUCCUCAUCGCAGGAGGCUGCGAUCGUUGUCCCCGUCGCAGCUCCACCGAUCGCGGCAGUCCGUCAAACUGGCUUCCAAUAGAUUUCACGCUGCGUCGAUGUAUGACAUUGAUAAGGCGACGACGAUGAACGAGGAGGAGUACAACGCGCGGAACAGGCGUCACUUCUCGCCCGAGGCGAAGGGCUACCACGUCAAGGGCUCGAACAGGGAGGAGUCGCGGUACCAAGAGUUUCUGCGCUCCUUCUCAAUCAGCGCGCGCGAACGUCCGAAGAGCGCGAGCAGCACCUCGUCGGACGUUUCCAGGAACGAUCGACCGGUGCAUCGAGGGGAAAGUCAGGACGCGACGCUGCGAGAUUACAAUGGCAAUGACAACAGCGGAUCGUCGACCCCGCGGAGCCGGGACGUCGGUGAUCCGGCGUUCGACGUUAUCACGCAACAGACGGCGACGAAUCGCCAGGGCGCCACUCGCGACGAUGUCGACUCCUUUUUCGGUGGCUCACCACCGACGAAGAAUAUUUCGGUAAUAGACUUUUUCGCAUGUUUGGAGUUGUUACUUCCCCAGCGGGGAAAAUUUUACCGAAGUCUGUCACUUGACGCAUCAUUUUGUUUUCCAACAUUAAAUAAUAUGACGCCGCUGGACCCCAGCAAAGUGGAAUACCCGAUCGAGACGGCAAACGCACCGACCGUGGACGAGGCGUCGAAGGAAUGGAGCAGCGAGGAUGACAUGAAACUGACGAGCCGAAUCGGAUCGAUUUCAAGGCACUCGAAUCACGAUGAGCUAAUUGCCGUGGAUGAAAAUUGCAACAGGAGCACGGAGAGCAGCUCCGGCGUCCCGGAGCAGCCGGAGAACGACAGGACGAGCGCGCGUAGGAGGUCCAUUGUGCCCGCGUUGCCGAUCGAGCGGAUUCCACCGUACGAAGACGCGAAGGUAUUCAAGGAAUCGCUGCAAUCGAAGGCCGCGAUGAGCCCCAAGAGUUCGGAAUCGCUGUACCUGUCGCCUAAUCACAGUGCUCACCACUCGCCAAUUCCAAACUCGCCGUCCAAUCGGAAUUCUCGCUGCGGCUCGCGCAAUUUGACCGAGGAUCCCAGAGAUUUCAGCGAAGAGAGACUAAGCGCUUCUACAGUACCUGACGAGGAUGCUUCCAUUCGAGCGUUGGACACCGUUGGUCACCCACCCAUAGACAUCAGCAUGACCAGUGAUUCACCGGCGAUUAUCAUCGCGUCGAGGCCCCAUUCUCACGAAAGCGUCGAGCACGUCGAAAAUGCUAAUAAGAUUAACGUUCAGGAGUCCACGGAAGAAGAAUCCAGCGUGAAUGAUACUUUGGAGGAUAGACAAAGUAAAGACAGCGCGAGCGACACGAAUAUGGAACCAGGAAUAUUGAAGAUCGAGUCCGAACCUGUGAAAGAUGUUGAACGCAGAAGAAUGCCCUCGAAAGUACCGGUGCGCGGUGCCAGCAGGUGUCGAAUGCUGUCUAGCAAAAGAACCGCGGAGAAGCCCUCGGAAAAGGCCAAGCGGAUGGUACAGCAAUGCUUCACGCAGCUUGAGAACAAAGACUGGGAAGUAACGAUAAAGGGUCUGAAAACCCUGUCUCAAAUCUCGAAGCAGCAUCCGGAGGGCUUGGACAUGUGCGCGACCGGAACGUUGGGAAGGCUCCUCGGGCGACACAUAAAGAACCUUCGUUCGCAAGUGGCACGGGCCGCGUGUCUCGCCGCCGGCGAUGUCUUCGGCUCUCAGAUCCGUGGUAUCGAUCAGGAUCUGGACGACAUAGCUGGGCCUUUGCUUCACAGAACGGCCGAUACGAAUCGAUUUCUUCGAGCGGACAGCAACGCAGCCCUGGAUCAGAUGAUGCAAUAUCUUCCACCUCACAAAACCAUCGCUAUCAUCGUCCUGCGGGGAGCGAGUCAUCAAAACUCUAUCGUUCGCGCGGCGACCGCACGACUGUUGUCGGACAUCACCGAUCGCAUCGGGCCUGAUCAUAUUAUGAUCUUACCGCGCGACGUAAGGGACAAGAUGCUAAACGCGGGCGCAAAGUUGUUAAUGGACGGAAAUCUGGACGCGAGGAAUCAUGCGAAAAGAAUGUUUCGACGGCUGACCCGCUGCGACGGCUUUAGAAAAGCGCUGACGGACGCGGUGCCCGAAACAACGUUAAGACACAUCGACAAAACGUUGAAGACCCUCUAGUCGAUCGCCCUGUCGAUUAAAUCUGCGUAAUGUAAUUCUAGGCGUUGUCUCUCACCGCUACUUGAACUAUCCCAAAAGACUGUUUAUCAUGCAGGACAUUUUUACGAUCCGUUAGAAGCCAAUUUACGGCAUAGUCAUGAAUUUUCUACAACGUAUACGCCGGGAAAGAUAUCAGAAAGACAAGUAGUCAUAUAAAUAGCUUCUCUGUCCCCCCGCACUGUACAUUUUCCUCCUCAAAAUUUAAAUGGAGCGAGAGACGCGAGAUCUCGGUGAUCGAGAAUCAAAAGAGCCGAGGAGCCGCGUCCUCCGUCGUCGUCGUUGUCGUAGCGACUUCGAUCUUGUUUCUCAUCGACGGAUUUAUCUGCGCGCGACGCAGUUUUUGAUACUUGUAACUUUAAUACAUAUACACUGAGAAAAAAAAUUGGUUGAAAAACUAAAAUAUUUAGUCCGAUACGCACGACUAAAUAUUGAGUUGAUUUAAUUAAUUCUUAGUUAAAAAAUUGGAAUGAUUAAUAUAAAUAAACGACAUCUUUUUUCGUGCAACUAAAUAAUUGUUGAAUCAACCCAAUUUUUAGUUGUGCGUAUCGGACUAAAUAUUUUAGUUUUUUAACCAAUUUUUUUCUCAGUGUACGCAUGUAUGAUAACUUUUUUAUACGAUUGUAUAAAGAAUGCGCUUCGGCGUAAGUGCAUUUGGAGAACUGUAGUGCCUUCACGUCGGUGAUCGUAAAUUACGCAAUCGCAAUCGUAGCUCAAUUACAUUGUAGUGUUCGUGAAGUGAAUCGUCGACGUGACGUAAAUUGCCACGUAUCUCGGAAAGAGUGAGGAACGUCUUGUCUCGCUGCUCUGUCUUCACCAACUCUACAUUAACGAGUUGCACGAAGAGAAAAAUAUAUACGGAGAUUUCCUCGAGGAAAGGAGUUCAUUGCUCACGGCAAUGAGUCUGUUUCGAAAUCGCUAAUGCUUUCGUCAGUCGAAAGUUUAGAUUCGGUUAGUUCCAUAUAUUUUUUUUUUCACUGUUGCAAAUUCGAUUGUUACUCUCUAAUAUAUUUUGGAUUCUCGGAAAUGUGAGAGAAAAAUAUCGGAGAGCGUCUAUAAAUUUUAUACAACGCGAAUAUCGGAUGCUGAAACUUUAGAAUUUGUUUACGAGAGAAAUUAUGUAGGAAGAGAUCGUCCGAUGAUUCGAUUCUGAUUUCUAAACCGUCCUUUAGGAUCGUAUGUCAGAGAUUAACUCAUAUUUAUAUAAACAAUAAUUUAUAUGCAUAUAUAUAUCGUUAUAAAAAGAUAACUGCUUAUUAUUGAAGGCACAUACACAUACUAUUGAUAAAUAAAAUUACUAUUGUUAUACCA